AUGAGACUUUAUUUAGUUUUAUUCAUAGUAUUAGCAAUAUUUGCUGUAUUGUUGAUAGAACCAACUCAAUCAAAAUAUCAUCAAGAAUUGGGUUGGGAAAAGAUAAAGAUCAAUCCAAAUCAUUUAGUAUAUAACCAACAUAGAAAGAAUGCUAUCAAUGUAGAGGAUGACGAUCAUGAAUUGACAUUCCGUGUAUUCCUAAAGCAAAGCAAUGUAGAUGCAUUGGAUGCACAUGUCAGAAUGGUGUCUGACCCCAAAUCACCAUACUAUACUGACUAUUGGUCGAUUGAAGAGGUCACCUCCUUUAUUCAACCAUCACAAAAGACAUUUAAUGCCGUCGAUGCUUGGAUCAACAAGCAUAACCCAAUCAGCACCACCUACCACGCCAACAGAGACAGUGUGCUCGUCAAGAUGACCAAAAAGAACGUCGAAAAGAUGUUUGCUGUCAGAAUGGAAAAGUAUGUCCACAAGACUGCCCUCCAACACGGUGCCAUCUAUCGUUCAGCAGUUGACCCCAUCCUCCCAGGAUUUGUCGAAAGUCAUGUUGACCUCAUCACAGGUAUCUCUCAUUUCCCAGUCGUCCAAAACAAGAAACGUGUUGCAAACAAGGCUGGUACUCAGUUGCCACCACCAUUCUUGGUCGAUGAUGAAGAUAUGUUGGCUUCCUCUGGCAGUUCAUCAGACGCUCCACAAGGAUUGAAUAUUGUCGGUAUCAAGGGAUACGGAAAUAAUUUAAAGGUUAUUUUCAACCCAUCGUGUUCACCAAGCUGUAAGCCAGGCAAGACACUUCCAAUCACUGUCACCACUCAGAUUGUCACCCAAAACAACAAUUACUUUAACCCUACCAGCAGUCAAUACCAAGUUACUCCAAACUGCACGGUUGCCAACAAUGUCUACACUUGUUUUGCCUUUGUACCAUCGCCACUCAACAUCCCCAUCACCGUGUCCAUCACGGAUAGCACCGAUGCCCAAUCGGUAUGGCCAUACCAAUUCGUGUCGACACCCAUCGUGUUGCCACAAGUCAUCAAGCAAUUGUACGGUAUCCCAACCAACUACAUUGUCACUAAUCAAUCGGCCACUCAAUGUGUCGUCGAGUUUGAACAACAAUACUAUUCACCAACCGACCUCAACAUCUUUUUCGAGCAAAUGGGUUUGCCAAGCAUUGGCAACCUCGUCAAUGUCACUGGUUACAAUGACGUUACCAACCCAGGUGUUGAAGCAUCCCUCGAUAUUCAAUACUUGAUGGGUAUCUCUACCGGUGCUCCAACCGUUUUCUGGUCCAUCUAUACCAACAGCUCUGCCGAAAUUGAUGAUAUCUUGACAUGGGAACUCUCAAUCAACGCCGAUCCCAACCCACCUAUUGUCAACUCGCUCUCGUACGGUAUGACUGAAGGAAACGUCGACUAUUACCUCGGCCAAGGUUAUCUUGUCCGUUCGGAUAUUGAAUUUGCCAAGCUUGCUCUCCGUGGUAUCACAGUCAUCAUUGCCUGUGGUGAUGCUGGUGCCAGCGAUUUGGGUGGACCUCCAAUGUCUGCUUCUGAUUGCAAGGUUCUCCAUGCCGAUUGGCCAAGUCAAAGCCCAUACGUUGUCGCUGUUGGCUCGACCUACUUCACUCCAUUGGCCGAACCAGUCUGCUACCAGACUGCUGGCAACCCAGCCUCUAUCGACUGUACACACAACCCAGUCGGUGAGAUUUCAGUCUCUGUAGACAAUGGUAUGCUCUGGACCACUGGUGGUGGUAUCUCCAACACCUCUUCUCGUCCAUGGUACCAAGAAGCCGUUGUCAAUGGUUAUUUCGAUGAAUUGUCUGAUCGUGGUCUUUUACCACCAUCCUCUUUUUACAAUGCUUCCGGUCGUUCAUACCCUGAUGUUGCCACUGUAGGUCAUAACCUUUGGGUCAUCAACAAUGGUGAAUGGCUUAGUGUUGAUGGUACUAGUGCUAGUGCACCAAUUUAUGCAGGUUUAGUUACCAUUUUAAAUGAUAUUAGAUUAAAUGCUGGAUUAAAACAAGUUGGUUUCAUGAAUCCACUUUUAUAUCAAAUUGCAGCUGAACAUCCAGAAGCUUUCUAUGAUGUCACUGUUGGUAACAAUCGUUGUGGUGUCACUGGAUUUGAUCCAACUUGUUGCACAUAUGGUUGGAAUGCUUUACCAGGUUACGAUCAAACUUCAGGUCUUGGUCGUCCAAACAUGGAAGUUUUAAUGAAACUUAUUCUUGAAUAUUAA